AUGUUCAUUGAGCACCUGCUAGAGGCUAUAAUUUCUUCUUCAUGUUUAUGUGAUUUUGAAACACAAGACAAAACAGAAUCUAAACCACGCACAAGAGAAAACAAGUCCUGGCUAGGCAACUUAAAGGAUUAUUUCUGGGAUCUUGUCAAGAACACCAUCCCUCCAGCAGCCAUUUUUGCUUUUCUCAUCACCGCAGCGCUAAUGGGUACCCUCUGCUGCCUCACGUAA